AUGAACUUUAUAUACGAUCUCACUCGUCGCCUCUUCAACACCCCGGGACCCGAAGAAAUGUCAGCAUCCAAGGAACUUGUCGAGAAAGCCAUCAAGGAAAACAAAGUUGUGGUAUUCUCCAAGAGCUACUGUCCGUACUGCAAAAAGGCCAAGAAUUUGCUGGAUUCACUCGGCGUCAAGUAUGAGCUUUUUGAGCUAGACGAAAGGCCGGACGGUCAGGCAAUUCAGGAAUAUUUGAAAGAAAAAACUGGACAGCGUACUGUUCCGAACAUUUUUAUCAAGGGUCAACAUAUCGGCGGAUGCGAUGACCUUCACGCAGCGCACGAUAGUGGUAAAUUACAGAAGUUGCUUGAUCAGUGA